AUGUCAUUUUCAUUGAAAAGGGAAAAAAUUUUGUCAAAUAAUUGUAUUUAUUAUGGACCUAUACGUUUUUAUGGUCGACGAAGAAAAGCACCAACAUUAUCAACAGGUCGUCGAUCGAAAUUUGAAGAAGUUAAUGAAGAAGAAGAAAUACGACGAAAUAAACGUCGAGAAAAAAAUCGUUUAUUAUCAAAAAGACUUAAAGAAAAAAGAGAAAAGAUUUUAAAUGAACUUAUUCAACAAAUAAAUCAACUUGAAGAAAAACAAUUUUAUUUACAAAAUACAAUUGAACAACUUAAUUCGCAUCGAAAUCAAUUAAUUAAUAAAUUAGCAAAUUCAAAUAUAGAUCCAUUAUUAAAUUUAAUUUAUCAAAAUGAAGUUCCUCUCUUUUUUCAACAAGUUGAUGAUUUACAAUUUGAUACCGAUUCUUUAAUUAUCACUUUUACAGAUGAACGAUCAUCUUUAGAUGAAUUUAUUUACAAUUGUGAUCAAGAAUAA